AUGUUUACCCCCCCUGUCGAGAGGCUAGUGGUGCUAGAUGAGAUCUACAUGGUCCGAGAACAGGAGGAAAAGUAUCUUGCAGGAAAAGCGAGUAUGGACACAUAUGUCUUGGUGGACAUAGCUCGUUACCCGGUGUCACUUAAGACUUCCGAAGCCACUACCGCCGCGACAAUAUCAGCAAGCGAGUGGGAUCAGUAA